UUAAAUUUUUAAGCAUAUCGAGCGCGUGUACAGUUACAACGACAGUGAAAUAUUAUGAUAAAUAAAUAAUCACCAAGAAUCCCUGUUGUGGUAUUUCAGGAACAAUCGCUCACGGCACGACCUGACGAGAGUAACAGAUACAAUUGGUACAAAAUCUAUAUACCAAAGAGGAAACGAGAUAGCAUAGCAAAAGUUUCACAAAAAAAAAAACACAAUUGAUCAUAAAAGAUUUAAGUAUUGCAACGGUGCAGAAGGGCUCUAUGUGCGCCACAUCAGUUUCAGCAAAUGGUACUUUAGUUUUCAAGAAUAUUGUGUCAAGGCAUCAAAGACGGAAUUCAUUUACAAAUUGUAACCUUGGUAUACGACAAAGGCAACAUGCGCAACGAAAUCACUGCAGCAGUACUAUUCUUAGUACAGCUGAUAGAAAAAAACGAAAAAUUUAGUCCUGAUCAAUUGGAAUGUUUUAAACGACGUUUGGUCGAAUUAUUGACGGAACGUUUUAAAAAUCAUUGGUUUCCUGACAAACCAUUCAAAGGUCAAGGUUAUCGUUGUAUUCGUGUAAAUGGUCACAAUCGGAGGGAUGCAACUUUGGAGAGUGCUGCUACUGCUGCUGGAGUUAAAUAUGAAGAUUUGUCGUUACCAGUAGAAUUAACACUCUGGGUCGAUCCUAACGAAGUUUGCUGUAGAUUUGGGGAAAGUAAGGGGUCCUAUUGCACAUUGGCAUCAUUUGACGAUAAAGAAAAUACUGUACCAAUUUUCCAUGGAAGUGAAGAACGUGAAAAUAAACAAUCUGAGGGGCUGACUAAGAUACAGAAAUCCCCUUUGACCACCAAUGCAGAACAAAAAUCAAAACCAUUAAGCUCUGCUAAUCAAAAUCAACAGCAUAGUAAUAAUGGUACAGGUAGGAGGCGCAAUUUGAAUAGCCCUAGGCUACACAUUAAUAGAAAUCGUUCGUGGUUCGGUCCCUCCUUCAGUAUGGGUUAUGGUCCUCAUCCAAUAAGUCAACCGUGGUAUAACAUUAUGCCUCCUCACUUUUUGGGUGGUCCGUCCCCACCGCCUUUUAUAGGUCACCGAGGAAAUAAGUGGAUUCAUCCACCUUCCUAUCCUACAGGACCCGCCCGUUUCCACCAUUGGUCCCCUAAAGCUGCUCUUAAAGUAUAAACAAACCCUCUUUACGAAAGUAGUUAAAAAAUCUGUUCCUUUGUAUACAAAAAAUAAUAUAAAAUUAAUACUGUUUGAGGCUUCCGUAUGUAAGCUGUGUCCUUGGAGGAAAUUGUUUUGACGAUUCGCUAACAUUGCAGCUAGCACAUUGAUAUUGAUUUGUGAUUUGAUCCUUGAUGAAGCUAACUGUAAUGUCGGCGAAACGUCGGAACAAUUUCGUCCAAGAAUACAGCUUAAACCUGGAAGUCUUAAUCAGUAUUAACUGUUAGAAACUGAGCUGUGAAAGCCUGAAAUAUCUUAUAAAGUAUAAAAUUGUUUUGUCGAUUUAAAAAUUUUAUAAUUCAGUCUAAAAAUUAGUAGUAAUAAUGAGAAAAUGUGGUAAUAGUAAUAGUAAUGUAUUAUUGUUUGCAUUCGAUUUUUUAAAAAUUGAAUAUGAACGUUUUUAUAUUAGGAACAGAUUUAUUAACGUUUCAGUGACGAAACUUAUCCAUUUUGUAAUUACAAAUGACCUUGUUCGAAUUACGACUAAGGCUUACGAUUUUUUAUGAUGAGAAAUGUUGCAUUAUUACAUGUUAUAUAUAAAUAAUUAAUUGGAUGAUAGAUGUUUAAUUCCGGAUGCAAGGUUGCUUGUAAAAUAUUAGAUUAGUGAGAAUUUACCUAGAAAGGAUUGUCAUUGAUGUGUGAGACAUAAAAAUGAAUGUUAUAUCACUUGUGACACUUUUUCCCCAUUAAUCCUUAAGGAAAGGAUUUAGUAAUAUAUAGAUCGUAUAUAUUUCAAAAGGGAGCAGUAUUGAUUUUAAGCGGGUUUCCAAAAUUAAAUACAAUUGCUCAUUAAAUUAUAUGUAACAAAUUUUAAUGCCUUUAUAGGCGAUCUCAGUUCAUUAGUAAAUAUUUCAUAUAUCAAAUUCUAUCAUGUAAUAGAAAGAAAGAGUUUCAAAUAACUUUUUCUUUGAUGUAUAUAUAAAACGUAUUCAUAACGACUAGAGCUUCAAAAUUCACUUCAUUUUUCAAUAUUGUUAUAGAACAGUGCAGAGACAGAGAAUUUAGCCAUUUAAUCUGCUAAUUUAUUAAAAUAAUGAUAUGCUACAACAAUGUUGAUAAACCAUGUAUACUUUGAAGUUCUAGUAACAGUGAUUUGAAAAUGAUGUUUGAUUAGUUCAAAUCAAUAAUUUUGUCUUUUAUUUUGUACAUGUGUAUUAUUAUAUUACAUUAACGAAUAGGGAAACGAUAUCAUAUUUAAUUUCACAGGUUUGUGGUGCAGAAAAAUUUAUAAUAUUUUUGCUUCAAAAAGCAUACCAUACCUGUUACAUGAACAUACUGCCUCUAUAGAAAUUCUGUUAAUAAUCAGUUAUAGUAGAACGUUACUAAAAAAAAUAUAUGGAUUCCAUGGUUAAUGUGCAGUUAUAAAAAUUAAAUCUUUAUUUUAAUUAUGCUCAACGUGAAGAUAAAUUGAGCUUAUGUUUUUAAGUGAAACUAAUGAAACUUAGCAUUUAAGAAUAUAUAUCAUUGAUGUUGGUAGAUCUAUAGCACAUUGGAGUUCAAACUUUAAUUCUGUCGUACUAAUGCUACUGUCAUGUACAUUCAAUUUUGUAUAUUGUAGACAAUUUAUAACACCAUAGUAAUUUAUACCUACUUAAACCAUUUCCUCCUGCUUUGUUAACACACACGUACGCGCCUUAUCUUUAUUCUGGAUUUAUCUAUGUCUGAAGGUUUCAAAAAUCAAGUAAUACAAAUAAGAUUUUUUGAUUGCAAUUUUAUACAGUAUUUAAAGUGUUACAAGUUAGUUCUUUAGUAAUUUUGUACAUCGUUAUUUAUCUUUGAUCACUAUUCAAAGAUAUACUUUGUGUGAAUAUAUGUAUCACAGUUAGCAAUUAAACAAUCAUUCUUCUUUAACUAUUGUAUUUAAAUAAUCUGCAUUACUUGUUUUCUGAACUCUUUGGUCAUGUGAUAUGAAUGUUUUAGUAUUGUUAGUGCCUAAAAUGUGCAAUUUCUUUAAUUUAUAUUGUAACAUAGGCUCGCUCAUAAAAGUAACUAUCGCCUUAUACACGUGAAAAUUUAACGUGAGAGUUACUUUUAAGAAUUACGUUCGUACAAGUAUGUUAUUGGUUUAUUGGCGCAAAAGAUAUUCAUUCUUAUGAAAGGUAUGCAGUUAUUUUAAUGACACAUAAUUAAUUUGUUUGGUUUAAAUAUUUUAAGAAUUUUUGAUCGAUGUUCCAAAGCAUUGAAAUUAAUAACAAAGUGAAGAAUUUGUAUUGAAUGGCAUAAGUGUUACCAUCUGUUACAUAUAUUUAUAUAUAUAUACUGUGAGUUUUAACUAACUCUAAUGCAAAUUGGAAUAUUGUUGUCACUAGGUACACUUAGUGUCUUUAGAUAAAUUUCUAAAACUAUAGCCAGGUACAGCAUAAAUAUUAUUGAACAGACUAUAUUAAAGAAAAUUUUAAUCAAAUAUGUAGUGUAAAUUUGCAAUUUUCAUGUUUCACGUUUAGCAUUAUUUAAUGUAUGCAUGAAAUUUGCUCUAUUAUAAGUAAUUUUUGUGUUCAAUUUGUUAAAACUUAUUCAGGAGUCAUUUUGUUACGAAAGAUGAAAAUUCUAUAUGAAUAUAGAUAUUAUAGUGUAUAUGUAGAUUUAAGCAAUGUUGCAUUCGGACAUAUUCUUUUAUUAAUAUAUAUGAUGCUCAACAUUUGAAAUGUUCCAAACUUUUUAAUUGUGUUCAUGUAUAAAAAAAAGAAAGAAAGAAAUACUUUAUGCUCCAUACAAUAACAUUUUCAAGCGAUAAGAAAUGUUCAGGAACAAUUUUUUUAUAAGGAAUCUACAUUCGAAUAAUAUGUGAUAAAAUACAUAGUAUUUAAUGAAUAUCUGCAUAUUUGGUGAAAAAAAUUACAUAAAUUUCAAGCAAAAAGUAUAUUCUCUUUUAUAUAAAACAUUCUUUUAUACCUGAAAUUUCUUAACUACAUAAUAGAUAGACGUUAAAAUUUAUAAGUGAAUAUAGUGCUUUAGCACGAAAAAUUAGUAUCCUUUACAUAGUUUUCAAAAAAUGUAGGAAAAUAGUUUACAAAAUAAGAAAGAAGAAGAAAUACAAGAUUUUAAUUCUUACUUAAAAAAAUACUAUUUUUUCUUUUUUAUGACCAAUAUGUAUACAAAAUUUUAAUACUGUAUUGUUGUACAUUCUCUUAUUAAAGCUGUAUUUUACAAUCGUGUAAAAAUACAUUUUAUUAAAAAAAAGCAAAUUUGAUAUUAAGUGAAACUUUAUACUAGAUUGUCUUAACGUUUGGAUCAUUUCGAUUGUAGGGUAAAGCACUAUAUAAGCGUAUACAUAUAUUCUACCACUGCUGUGUCAUAUGUUAUAAGAAUACUUCUUGCAUAGUUAUGCAACAAUGACUAUAAUCCUGUUCUACAACCAUACUGAUCUUCGCAUUUUUUCAUAACUUCAAAUAUAUAUCUCUGUUCAGUACUUUGUUUCGUGUUAUCCAAUAAAAGAUAUAUUACACAUUCAAGCAAAAUAUUUAUAGAUUAUUAAUUGUA